CAACUCCGGACUUCUUCUGUUAUGGCAAAAACUAAUGGAAAAAGUCCAAAACAAACCUUGAAUUUAUAAGCGAAAGCUAAAUCAAACCCCGAACUCUCAAUCCCUGAAAUCAGCACACCAAACUUUCUGAUCCCGGUUUAUUUUGAACCUUGAGAGGAUUUAGCCGGUAUACGCUGAAUUGGGCCGGCCCAUUGGCACAGUAUCUCACACUGGUCUGGUUUUAUUUGUUUUCUUUGUUUUUUCUUUGGUUUUUUCCUUCGUUAUAUUUUGUUUUUUCACUGGUUUUAUCUGGUUUUUCUUUCUUUGUUAUAUUUUUCCUUUCUUUAGUUUCUUUCUUGAUUUUCUUGAUUUUUCCUUUUCCUUUUGUUUUGUUUCUUUACCAGUAACCGGUUUUCUUUUUUACUCAUUUCUAAUUAUUCUUAGUACCCAAUGUAAAUUUUUAGCACAAAUAAUUUUUAUACACUUUCAACAUAUUUCAAAUAAAUUAUUUACAUUUUUUAAAUGCAUGUUUUAAAAAAAUGAAUACACGGUCAUAUUUUUCCAAAUACACGUUUUACAUUUCUUAACGACAAUAAACAUUUUAUUAAACUACACGAACAUUUUUACAUUGUUAAACAUUUUUAAAAUUGAAUAAACUGUUUUCAAACACAUGUCACGUAUAUUCUUAUAAGGGUAUGACACAUGUUUUUACAUCACACAAACUUUUUUUAUAUUGCAUAUACUUUGUUCUGAAUAUGUCACAAGCACAUUUUUUUAAACUCGUGAACAUUCUUGAAAUGUUACAUUUUUUGAAUUGACGAAACAUUUGUUUGAAUCACGCGAAUAUUAUUUACAUUGUACAUACUUUUUUUUGUAAUGCCACGUACAUUUUUGAGUGGCUGGAUUUGCUACUGGCGGCCAGUGGCAGAGCUACACUCUAAAACCUGAUUCAUAUUUGGAGACUACUCCGGAAUGGACUAGCGGUAGCAGAUGAAUUAUUGCGGAGGAAAAUAAAACCGGGAGUGUACUGUAUUGCAUGUGGCCGCGACGAGACACUGGUCCAUCGUUUUUGGCUGUGUCCAUACUCGGUUCAGUUUUUGGCUGCGACAUUUCUUUACGCAUAUGUUCAGGUUUCAAAUUUUUGAAAAAUGUAAAAUAAUUUUUUAAAAUCAUAAACCAUUUCAUAGCAUGUGAAAAGCUGUUGUAACUCUGAAUAGUUUUUGACAAAUGUGAUUUUUUUUAAAUCACGGACAGUUUAAAAAAAAUGUGAAUAGAAUUUCAAAAUUCCAAACAUGUUUUAAAAAACACAAAAGGAAACUGAAGUUUUGUCAAAAUAGAAAGCAGGAACAUUUUUUUAACUUCUGAACAAUUUUAGAAAUGUGCGAACAUUUAUUAGAUUUCACGAAUUCCUGUUAUGGUAUAGUGGGCCGGCCCAAAUUCUCGUCCGUCAGAGUAGCAGGUUAUCCCGGUCGGGAUUGUAGUAUUCCCAGUGUGCCAAACAGGUCUAGGGUUUAAAAUAGACCGGGAUUACAAGUUCAGAGUGCCAAUUUCCGGGAUUCAAAUUUCAGGGUUUGAUUUAGCUUUCACCUACAACUUCAAGGUUUGUUUUGGACUUUUUCCUUUUUUCUAGUAUCAGCUUGUGGAGCGGCCUGAGAGGAGGAAGAGAGGAUGCAAAGCGCCCGAAGAAGGUGGCCAAGGAGGAGGUGAGGCGAAACGCUUUAACAAGAUGGUUCGCUGCUCACUAGGAGAGGUGAAGACGUGUGCAAAAAUGCUACAACUUAGGCACAAGAUGAGGGUUAUCAAGGCUGGUUUUGGUUGUGUGUUUGACCUGAAGGUUGAUUCCAACAUUUCUCGUCCUUUGAUGGGCAACAUCUACACGAGGAUUGACCAUGCAACCAUGAUUCUGGACAUGGGUGAGGCGAACAAGGUUCUGCGUAUUACAAGUGAUGCUAUUCACCAUCUGUUUGGAUUCUCUCAAGGUAAUCGUACCCCUCCUAGGCCUUCGAGUGAUGGGUUUGAUGAUGCUGUUAUGAGGUUGAAGGGAAAGCUUGGGUACGCUAGGAGUGACGACAUCAAGACAAAGGAUCUGCGGAAUAUCCUCGCGGAUCUUGUGAAGGAUGAGACGAAGGAUGAUCUUGCUCUGCAGGUGUUUUACCUGAUUAUUUUCAUGAAGGUGGUUAUCCCUGGAACGUCUACACGAGUGUCCAGGGAGGCAGCAAUGGCUGAGAAUCUUAUGUUUGAGGACAUGGCAGAUAUGGACUACUGCCAGUUGGUUGUUGAUGACCUUUGAAGUGCUGUUGUUAGGUAUCAGCAAGGUACUAGCAGAGGAAAAGCUGUCACAGGCUGUGCCAUCGUGCCGCUUCUUAUGUACCUGGACUGCCUUAUCAUUGGCAAGACGCCUAAUGUUGACUUGAGGAUGCCUCGCAUCAAUUACAUGGAUCAUGCCAAGCUUCUUGAGCUCGUUGCGGCUGACUUGGUCAGGAAAGGUGAUGACGACCCAGCCAACUGGGUGUUUGGGAGACUACCUGUGAGUGUUUCUUCUUUUCUGUGUAGUUAGUACUGCCUUUGUGUGCAUGGUUGAACUUCUGCUAUGUACAUAGAUGGCCUUCUGGUUCAUAUAGAUGAGUAAAUUAGUUGAACUGCUUGGCUUAUAUGGUAUUACUGCCUUUGUGUACAUAUGUGAAUUUCUGGAUAUAUUCAUAUGAAAUAAGCUAAACUUUGUUGUUGCACAUGCAUGGUUGAACUUCUGCUAUGUAAAUUUCCAACAUUUUUGAAAGCAUGUUAACUUCUAGCCAUACAUGGUUGCUCUGCCUAUGUAUACAUAGUUGGACUUCUGAAAUGUACUACGUGUGUAGGCAUUAGUGGAAUUUUUGGUGUAGUUUGUGUAUCUGACUGUUCUGCCUUUUUUUCCUUGUCAUUGUCUUUUUUUUCAGUAUCAGUUGUGGUACUAACUUGAACUUUUGCUACUGUCUUCUAUAUUUCUGCUUCCAUGUUCAUUCAUAUAUGUACUGGAAGACACGGGCUGAGGUUGUGUUCUUUAGGGUUAUCGAACGUCCUAUUCUUACUAUGCCUCGUGCUGCCGGCCUAGGUAGUGGAAGUUCUCCGAGAUUUGAAUUCUCGCGGGAUGUUAACACUGGUGCCCCCUGUAGAUCUAGGAGGUUCUUCUGCCCGUGUGAGUGCUGCAGGUAGCGUUUCUUCCUAGAGUUUGUUCGAUGAUGCGAAUAUUUCCCUUUUCUAGGAUUGUUGGACUUCUAGAAACUGUUUGGGGAGAGAUGGCUCGUGUUCUGACAACGGUUGAGCGUGUUAGUUGCAUGGAUGGGAUUCUUCCUCCCGGCCACGGUUUUGAUGCUGAGUCUUCGAAGGAGAUUUUUUUGAUUGAAGCUAAAUAUCUUGCUGAGCUUCGUGAGAGCACUUCCCACCUCCGGGCUAGUUUUAUGUUGUUCAAGGAAAUGCAGGACGCCCGUUGCAAGCCUUUUGAAGAUGAGACAAGUGUUGUUGUGAGAGAGAUUCAGAGGCAGGACCCCGUUCGUUUGGGUCAUGAAGGAGGCCAUGUGGAGCGUACUGAAGAGGCUGUUGAUGAUGGUGCUGGGGUUAGGGAGGAUGUUUUACCUGUGCAUGAAGAUGAUCAUGUGCAUGAAGCUGCCCAUGUGCAUGAUCCUUGCCCCUCUAGUGAUGUAUUAGUUGAUGAGGUUCAUGGUAGUGAAAAUAAGCAGCAUAAUGAUGAUGUUAGUGUUGCUCUAGAGAAGGCUGCAGACAUGUCCGUCUCAGGCGCCGGCUGCUUCGACGGGGUGGUCCUGACUGAACCUCAGUCGUCCGUUGGCGCUGAGGUUUCUGAUGCUAAGAAGGGCAAGACAACUGGAGACAUCAUUUUGGAGAAAGAUCAUGUUGAGUCUGCUGUACAAACUGGUGGUAGUGCUACUGCAAGCCCGGAGAAGUCUCCUGCAGCAGAGCCAUCAGUUGAUGUUGAUGCUGUAUAGGCACAACCAAAUAUUUUUCUUGUUUCAGAUUCUCCGGUUGCUACAGCUGCUGCUGGUGUCCUUCGCGACGACACUGCAACGUCUACUGGAGACGACGAUGAAGAUACCGAAAGCGAUAGCUAUGGAGAGGAGGUUGAUCAUUCUAGUGCUGCCACUGGUCUAGGCAAGGAUCCAUGAAGAGAGGAGCAUGCUUCUCUCUUCUUUCCCCCUCCCCUCCCCUCUUUGUUGUUUGGUUUUAGUCCAUGAUAUCCCCUGUGAACUGCCUGUGUGGUCUAAGUUGAACUUCUGGUUUUGUUGUUUGUCGUGUGGGUUGUAAAGAAUGUUAAGUGAACCUGUUUUUCUAUGUGGGUGGAGGUUUGUAAUGCAUGUGUUGUGAUGUCUA